AUGGGGUGGCAGAGCUCCACAGAGGCUGUGUUCAUCGCACUGAACUACAACAUCACAAUUGUGGGAAAGAUAUGGCUAGUCCUGAUGGUCUUCCUGCGUAUGUCAGUCUUGUUUAUGGCUGGCUACCCCCUCUAUCAGGAUGAACAGGAGAGAUUUGUAUGUAACACUAUUCAGCCUGGCUGUGCCAACCUAUGUUAUGAUAUAUUUGCCCCUCUUUCACUGUUCCGAUUCUGGCUGGUCCAGCUAACAUCGGUUUGCCUGCCUGUAGUCGUCUUCAUUGUCUUUGUGAUCCACAAACUUACUUCAAGUCUCAAAACUCAUCCUGAGAUGAAACCUUGGUCUCUCUACAAAAUCCAAGAGGAUCCUUCUAGUGUCAUACGUAGGGUGCCUUGUUACUCCGGAGCCUACAUUUUUCACCUUUUGCUCCGGACAGUUUUGGAAGCUGGUUUCGGGGCUGCUCAUUACUACCUGUUUGGAUUCCAUAUCCCUAGGCGCUUCAUGUGCCAGCAUGCUCCAUGCACCACCAUGGUAGACUGCUACAUAUCAAGACCCACUGAGAAGACCAUUAUGCUCAAUUUUAUGAUAGGAUUGGCAGCCUUGAGUCUUCUUCUCAACAUUUUUGACUUGAUAUGUGCCAUCAAGCAAUCAAUAAGUCAGAAGAGUAAUAAAAUUAUGAUGGAGAAGAUGUAUGAGGAGGAGCGAUAUUUCUUUCCUGACAGCAGAGCCAGAGGAGCACACUUUGGGAACCCUGAAAGUCAGGCCUUUCUGGUCAAUGGAAGCUUCCAGAAAAGAAUCAGCAAAGCCGGUUUAGAUGAUAAUGCUUCAGUACAUUUAGAAGGUACCAACCAUCUUCAAUUGCCUGCACCACAUGUGGAAACCUCUGCAGGUAUUAAUCUUGGGGUAAAUGGACCUUUGCCUUUGAAUGGUGGACCUGGUGGUUACCUGAUGUCACACGAGGAGGCAACAGAGCAUGAGGGCAGUGAAGUGGCACUGUGUCCACCUGAGCCCCUAGGUACUCCAAGGUCAAUACGAGUCAACAAGCGGAGUCGCCUCAAACCACUGCCACCACCUAGAAAAGACAUACCCUCAAGGACAGGGUCACUGGAGAUCGCAGGAUCAGUGUCAGGUUCUCCAAGAAAGAAACACCAGUACAAACUGCCAGAGAUGAGUGCAGAGUGUGACCCACUGUCCAGCGGUGGAGAUGGAUGUGAGAAAAGGUCAGCAUGGGUCUGA